GAGUCUCCCCUUCUUUUUUUUAUAUUCGAUGGUGGAAACCUGAUUCAACUGAAGAUUGUUCCUAUUUCCUUAGUUUGUAUCUUAGGGUUUUUCGACCUCUUGCACUCUCUCUUGUACUACCCAUAUUAUUUAUCUUGUGCGAGACAUCUUUCUCUGCUUGUGACUUUUCUUCCAAUGGAAGUUAUAAAUUUUGAUUAAUAUAUAGCAUAGAAGGAAGGCUGCGACUAGCACACGGUAAAGAAAGCCCCCCAGAAAGCCUUAUUAGACACGUGGCAACGCGCUCUGCGUUAUUUCCAAGCAAAGUUGUUUAAAAGGCGACGAAACAAAUCUAUAUCACCUUUAAUCUGUUUGCUUCGAUCGAUUCCCAUAUUCCCUCUGAACCCCCCCCCAAUGGAAAAUUCUCAUGAAUCCCAGAGUUUGCAUCUCAAAGACCGCCGCGUGGAUGCCCUGGGCAACUUCAACCUCCUCCCCGAUGAACUCAUUUGUGCCAUCUUAGAUUACCUCACUCCUCGAGAUAUAGCUCGUCUCGCUUGUGUCAGCAGUGUUAUGUAUAUAUUCUGCAAUGAAGAGCCGCUUUGGAUGAGCCUUUGCCUCAAGAAAGUCAACGGUCCACUUCCAUACAAAGGCUCUUGGAAAAAGACGACGUUGCAUUUAGAGAAUUUGCCGAAUAAAUAUAUAGACUAUUGCCGAAAACCAUUGCAGUUUGAUGGAUUUCACUCUUUCUUCUUAUACAAAAGAUUAUAUAGGUGCCAUUCUACAUUAGACGGGUUUUCUUUCGAUGAUGGAAAUGUUGAAAGACAAAACGUUUUAUCGAAGGAACAGUUUGAUCGCGAAUAUGAUAGGAAAAAACCGGUUUUGCUCACUGGAUUGGCCGAGUGUUGGCCCGCAAGGACUAAUUGGACAAUUGACAAACUACUGCUCAAAUAUGGAGAUACAGCAUUUAAGAUCUCUCAAAGAACUGCUGGAAAAAUUUCAAUGAAAUUCAAGGAUUAUGUAUCAUACAUGAACGAACAGCAUGAUGAGGAUCCUCUUUAUAUUUUUGAUCACAAGUUUGGAGAAUCUGCACCUGGGUUGUUGGAAGAUUACAAUGUGCCCCAAAUAUUUCAAGAAGACUUCUUUGAUGUUCUAGAUAGAGAUAGUCGACCACCAUUCAGAUGGCUUAUCAUUGGGCCAGAGAGGUCUGGUGCCUCUUGGCAUGUUGAUCCAGCACUUACCAGCGCCUGGAAUACUCUUCUAUGUGGUCGUAAAAGGUGGGCGUUGUAUCCUCCUGGAAGAGUUCCUUUGGGCGUUACAGUGCAUGUAAAUGAUGAAGAUGGUGAUGUCAACAUUGAUACUCCAUCAUCAUUACAGUGGUGGCUAGAUUAUUAUCCACUUCUUGCUGAUGAAGACAAGCCAAUUGAGUGUACUCAGCUACCUGGGGAGACGAUAUUUGUUCCAAGUGGAUGGUGGCACUGUGUCCUGAAUUUGGAAACAACUGUUGCAGUGACACAAAAUUUUGUAAAUCCAAGGAACUUCGAAUUUGUAUGUCUAGAUAUGGCUCCAGGAUUCCAACAUAAAGGAGUUUGUCGUGUUGGAUUACUUGCUGUUGAUGGAGGCUGUUUAAUGAACAUGGAGAAAAACAUGUCCUGUGACAAAGACAAUUUUAAUAAUUCAGACCUGACUAGGAAAGAGAAGCGGGUCAAAAUUCUAAGAUCCCAAGAGAGUGAAAAUCAUGAAGAAACAGCUAAUGCUGCUUCUAGAAGAUAUAAUUUAUGGAAACAUGGUUUUUCUUAUGAUAUAAAUUACUUGACCAUGUUUUUGGAUAGAGAAAAGGACCACUAUACUUCUCCAUGGAGCUCGGGCAAUUGCAUAGGGCCGCGAGAAAUGAGGGAAUGGCUUUCCAGGCUUUGGGUUGGAAAACCGAGAAUGAGAGAGCUGAUUUGGAAGGGAGCAUGUCUUGCAAUAAACGCAGACAAAUGGUUGGAGUGCUUGGGGAAAAUCUGCUCAUUUCACAAUUUGCCUUUUCCCAAUGAUGAUGAGAAGCUUCCUGUGGGAACAGGCAGCAAUCCUGUUUAUGUCAUGGAUGAAUAUGUGGUUAAAAUCUUUGUUGAAGGAGGGCUGGAAGCUUCAAUACUUGGUUUAGGCACUGAGCUUGAAUUCUACAACACUCUUUGUGAAGUUGAUUCCCCUCUGAAAAACUACAUUCCUACUGUAUUGGCUAGUGGGAUUCUGCACUUGGAAAAUGGAUCUUUCGAAAUUGAUUCUUGGGAUGGUAAAAAAGUUCCUGAUGUGCUUGCAAAGUGCAAUUUGAUUCCAGAAACGGGAAAAGGUGACGUUUUCCCCUUUGGUAUACGGAGCAAGAAACUGUUCGAAUAUAGAAAAGCUGGAUUACCAGAAUCUGGACCAGACAGUUCAGCUGGAUCAAAUAGUAUCUGGCCUUAUCUUAUAACAAAGCGUUGCAAAGGAAAGAUUUAUGCUGAGUUAAGAGAUGAACUAUCAUGGGAAGAUGUGCUUAACUUAGCUUCCUUUUUAGGAGAGCAACUGCAAAACCUUCAUAGUUUACCGUAUCCUUCCUUGGGAAAUUCAUCUCUUUCAGUUGUUGAACAGAAAAAAGAGUUUUCUUUUGCCAAUGGCAUGGACAUCAACGUUGCCUGCAACGAGUUAGAUAUUCACAUUCCAGCUGAAUGGGAAAUCUUCGUGAGAACUCUAAGCCAGAAGAAGAAGGAUGUUUCCAGCCGCUUGAAUAAAUGGGGGGUGCCAGUUCCUGAAAAGCUGAUGGAGAAAAUUGAUGGAUACCUCCCUGAUGAUUUUCUGAAGCUGCUUUUUAUAUCUGAGCAAAAUGGCAUGAAAAGAGCUCUAAAGCCUUUGUCAUGGAUACACUCGGAUAUUAUGGAUGAUAAUGUUUACAUGGAACCAUGCUGUACAUUUGGCUCAAAUGAAAUUGCCGCCUUGACGGAUAACGGUUCAGUGAAUGGGCAUAAUAAUGGUGGAGAAGUGAAAUCUUGGCGCCCUAAUUACAUCAUUGAUUUCAGCGAUCUUUCUAUAGGCGAUCCCCUAUAUGACGUGAUACCAAUACAUUUAGAUGUUUUUAGAGGCAAUUCUUCUCUCCUUAAGCAGUUUCUACAAUGCUAUAAACUUCCUUUGAUGCGAAAAACACCAGAGAACAGAUCAAUCACUGCUAAUGACAAGUUCAGACGACUUUCAUACCAAGCUAUGUGCUACUGUAUUUUGCAUGAUGAGAAUGUCUUGGGUGCUAUAUUUAGUCUAUGGACUGAACUUCAAACAGCAGAAACAUGGGAAGAAGUUGAGCAAAUUGUUUGGGGAGAAUUAAAUAACUAUCAAGGCGUUGCCUGUCAUGUUACUCCCACUCCAAAUUUAUAACGGAUCAUGCACAUACUUGUGUUUGACAUUUAACCUAAGUCUCAUGCACUAGGAAUCAAAUUGCAUUUUGUUCUCAUUUAAAAAAAUAAGCAAAUUAAAUUUUGUACAUUAAAUUUAUAAGAACUGAUCGUUUUGUUAAAA